UAUUAUGAAGCUGUCCCUGCUGUAACUGGCAGUAAAUAACCUGAGGCCACUGUGACUAACUGGGCGUGUUAUUCCGGUUGAGGAUGCUCUGCAGGCCGGUGAUGCUGUGAAGGCGAUGGCGACCGCAGACCAGGCCACCGAGGGCUCCCCUCUGAAGCCGGCAGGAGACGGGUCCGAGGCGGCUCCGGCGGCGGCAGAACUGCAGAAGAAGAGGUGCAAGGGGGGAUUCUCCAGGAUGAGCCACUGGAGGACGGCGGUGUUCUUCCUCUCCCUCUUCCUCUGCCUCACCGUAGUCUUCGCCUUCUCCUUCAUCAUCCCCUGCCCUGAGCGGCCGCAGUACAAACUCAACUGGAGCCGAGGAUUCUCCGACGCAGUGACCUACGACUUCCUGGCUCUGGACCACGCCAACAGCGACAAGGUGAUGGACGUCCUGAUCGUCAUCAGAGGCCCAGAAAGUUCCCCAAACACGUCGUGUUCUGACCAAGGCCUGACUUCGCCGUGUCUGUUCCUGCUGGCGCUGGACGGGACCAAAGGAGAGAUGCUGUGGGAGCGGCCGCUGGGCGGCGAGCUGGACUGGGCCCAGUGCGGCCUGCAGUGUCCAUCCUGGCACUGCCUGCUGUCCCAUUCUGACAACCUGACCGCCGUCAACAAACACACCGGUGUGGUGAUGUGGCAGCAGCCUCGGCCCUCGGUUCUGUCCGUCUCGCUGCCCGUCCUCGGUGUCCCGGAUCUGGACGGGGAUCGGGUCCGCGACGUGGUUCUGGUCCUGCUGAAUGGCACACAGACGCAGCUGGUGCUGCUCUCCGGGCAGACGGGGGAUCGGAUCGGGUCGGAGGUCCUCAUCGGCGGCGGCGGCGCCACGCAGAGCCACCUGCUGCACCGAACCAAAGAUGGAUCGUACUUCCUGCUGCUGCAGAGAGCCUCCGGCGUGUUCAGCCUGCCCCUCUGGGAGAUCGCAGCCAGAGCCAAACCGGGUCUGGGUCCGGAUCUGAAGCGGGACAAACACCUGGAGAAAACGGCCAGCAACACAAUGGGCCUGGUGCCCAUCUACCAGUCGGAGGCCAGACGUUUGCUGAGGACCAAAGUCGGGGAUGAUUCCUCUGACCUGCUGGUUGUGUCUAGAAGAGAGGUGGCGCUAGUGGACGGACCUUCCUUGAAGCGACGAUGGAGAUUCAACACCAGCUCCACCGGGGGUUUUCCGUCCUUCGGUCACUUCAACAGAGAUAACCUUCUUGAUCCUGUGGUUGAAGUUGAAGAUGAUGAUGUCAGAAACUCCACUAAGGUCGCCAUCUUGGACGGAGGGACCGGCGGUCUGCUGUGGGAGGAGCAGCUGCAGCCCGGCGCCGGCCCCCUCCGACCCGACGUCGUCCACACCACCAACUCGCUGUCCGUCUUCAUGUUCUGGGGCCUGAUUCGGUCCGGGUCCAACUCAUCGGAGGAGUCUGGCGGUUCCCCGUGCUCCUACAUGCUGCACCCGCUCUACCCGGACGCCCUGCUGGAGUUCUGCCACGGCGUGGAGCGCAUCGUCGCCUUCAGAGCCACUCUGAUGGAGAGCAGUCGCCACGCCGCCUACUUCCUGCUGACGGGGCCGGAGGCGGGCGAGGCGGGCGGCACCGUGGUUCUCACCAAGCGGAAGCUGAAGCAGGACGUCCCAUUGUGCAGCGUCCGCCACAUCAGGACCAGCCAGCAGCACAGCGACGAUGAAGUCCAGGAAGCGUUCAACCGACUGCGCUUCAGGAGCAACUAGUGAAACAUGGCCGCCGACUGGCGAAACAUGGCCGCCGACUGGCGAAACAUGGCCGCCGACUGGCGAAACAUGGCCGCCAUGCUGCGACUGUUCCUCACUACAAAGCCAAGCUCUUACUUUAUCACGAGCCAAAGAAAGUCCUUCCUACUUUACUUUAACUGGAUUCUUCCUGACACCUGCACAGGUGAAGGUGACGUUACCAUGACGACGUAUUACGCAAUUAGAGAUACAAAAAAAA